AUGAGUUCUUUAAACCACGACCUACCCACACAAGACAACGGGGCUUUGAACGGUCUGUCACAGGCAAGCCUUCACUCCAAUGGGACUUCCCAGACCGAUGAAGUGUCUCCAACGCCGGAAAGCCAUUCAGAUCUUGAAGGGAAUGAAUCGUCAAGCGAUUCCCCCAUCGCAAUAUGUGGGAUGGCCCUUCGCCUCCCUGGCGGAUUGGCAAGCCCACAGGAGUUCUGGGACUUUCUCGUGGCCAAAGGUGACGCACGAGGCCGCGUUCCAAAGUCCCGUUACAACAUCUCCGCGUACCACUCUACCUCUGGACGUCCAGGAACCAUUGCAACUGAAUAUGGGUAUUUCCUUGAUGAGAGUGUCAAGCUCGGUAGCCUAGACGCUUCUCGUUUCUCACUGAUCGUGCCGAACUUGAGUUUGCGGACCCCCAGCAGCGUCUGA